UUUCAUUCCCGUAUCUUAUUGUGUGUGAUCACUCACACAUUCGCGCGCUGCGAUUGAGCUGAUCGGACGGCGGGGAACGGGUCAUCGCCAUGGCAGAGGACAAGUACAAUCUGAAGAACCCAGGCGUGAAGAGAAUUUUACAGGAAGUGAAGGAGAUGCAAUCGAAUCCUUCCGAUGAUUUCAUGAGCCUCCCUCUUGAGGAGAAUAUAUUUGAAUGGCAAUUUGCAAUCAGGGGACCCAGUGAUACUGAAUUUGAGGGAGGCAUCUAUCAUGGACGGAUCCAGUUGCCUGCAGAAUAUCCGUUUCAGCCUCCUUCAUUUAUGUUGUUGACCGUAAAAUAUCUUACCUUAGAAAACUCUAUCAUAUUAACUUGCUUUUUCUUUGUUUUGCCAAAUGGUCGUUUUGAAACCCAAACCAAGAUAUGUUUAAGCAUAUCAAAUCAUCAUCCUGAGCACUGGCAGCCAUCAUGGAGCGUUCGGACUGCUUUGGUAGCAUUAAUUGCAUUCAUGCCUACCAGCCCAAAUGGUGCAUUGGGUUCAUUAGAUUAUAAGAAGGAAGAGAGGCAUGCUCUGGCCAUCAAAUCUCGUGAAGCAGCUCCAAAAUUUGGGACUCCCGAACGUCAGAAGCUCAUUGAUGAGAUUCAUGAAUAUAUGUUAAGCAAGUCACCCCCAGUUCCUCAGCUCAACUCUUCGCAGGCUCCUGAAGAACCCUCCACCAACAGGGAGGGCGAAGGACAGACGAAUCCUCCAAAUGGCAGUGCCAUAGCUGCUGCAGAUGAGCUUUCAGAUCCAAGAGUGGCUGACAGGAUAGUUGAGGAGGAACCACCACAGGUUCCCUUGAAUGCUAAUCCCAGCCCUGUAUCAAGACAGGCUUCAGCAGAGCGACUGCUGCAGAAGCCCGAGCCAAGGGUUCAAAGGCAGGCUGAUGAUCGCUUGCUUACAUGGGCUGCCGUUGGACUUACCAUUGCAAUUAUGGUUCUUCUGCUGAAGAAGUUUUUGAAAUCCAGUGGGCAUGGUGCCGUUUUCAUGGAUGAGUCCUAGUCUCCUAGAUGCCAUGUGGAUUGUGAAUGUUGGCUUGAUGUUUCAUGAAGCAUAUACAGACUCAUAGUUUCUAUGAAGUUUUUCAUCCAACUGGGAACAACUUGUAGUAUAUUACCCAAGAUUUUUCCUAAUGAUGGUAAUAAUAAUAAUAUAAGCCGUAACCUUGUAUGUUUCUUGCA